AUGGCGAGGCAGGAGCUCUGCCGCACCAAUGCCGGGCAGGAGGCGGGUGGCGUUAUCGGCAGAGCCCAUCACUUCAUUGCGGCGACGGCGUGCCAGGAGGCGGACUACGGCUGGAUGAUCCGGCACUACUGCCUGAAGCAGUUCCAGCUCAGCAUGGAGGGAAUCGGGCAGCGGCUCUGGUGCGACUGGGACGAGACCGUGGGCACCUACGGGGAGCUGACGAACUGCACAGCGCUGAUCGCCGAGAGGCUCAACUGCUACUGGCCCAACCGGCUGGUGGACGAGUUCUUCGUGGCCGUCCACAAGCAGUACUUCAGGAACUGCUCCCCCUCCGGACGGGCGCUGCACGACCCCCCCAACGGCGUCCUCUGCCCCUUCAUCGUGCUGCCCAUCCUCGUCACCCUGCUGAUGACCGAAAGGCAUCUCAAGUCCGAGGCCUGCGUGGGGUGGGUUUUGCCUGGGAGAUGGGGAGAAAUGGGUGAAAAUCGGUGGUGGGAGCUGGUGGCACCGGUGGUGGCCUUGGCGGUGUCCUGGGCUAAUGAGCAACGGGACUAA